AUGCCUGAAAUCCUCCUCCCAGACACCUCGUCCAUCACCUCCUCAACCGCCUCGUCUCUCCUCCUCUACACCGACCACCAACACCAAACAGCCCUCGCCCGACGCAAAUCCCUCCCUCUCCGUCGCUUAUCAGUCUGGCUCUCCCGCCGCACCUCCAAGCAGGGAUUAAACGCCACGGACGAUAAUGGCUACAGCCACCACCACCACCACCAUCACCCUCACACUCUGACUCAAGGCGAAAACUACCCCGACUAUGACGCCCAACGUAUCACAUCCGACUUUAACCUCCACCGUCAACGUGAACAUGAACAUGAACAGGGCCGCCGCAACCGCAAAUUCACCGACUCCGAGGCCGAGCGCCAUCUCGCCGAGUCCUAUGCGGCGUAUUGUCGCGCCUUCACGUCCGCGGGCGAGCAUCUCUAUCACCAGAAGCGCAGGACGUGGAUGAUGCACGGGGAGGUGGAUCUUCCGGUGAUGACCGAGGAUUCUGCCCAUGUACAUGCACAUCCCGAGGAGGAUGACGCUGAUGGGAAACGGGAGGGACUGAACCCCCCCGACACCGAGCCAUCGCCGCCGCCUCAUAUUCUCACGCCCUCGCUGUACGCUGAAAUGCGUCGCGUGGCCAGCGAUCAGAAACGAGCCAGGAAACGGCUCCGGGAACGCCGGUUGUGGUCGUGGUUCGCCUGGAUUCGUCCACGCGAGUCUCAUUGA